CGCAAGUUUGCAGGCUGACCUUGCCAAGAUGGCGCCAAACCACAGCCCUUUGAAAGACGGAAGUUCAGCAGCGGGCUGCUUCCGGACACGUUGUUGCAUCAGAUUCAGGCUUCAGAGAUUUCAUAGGAUCGAAAUGGCAGCAAGUGGGGAUCAGGCGUUUGACUAUGGUUUCUUGCUGCGCAUAAGCGAGGAGUCCUCCAGGGUGGCGGCCCUGAACGAGUACCUCAGCACCCGCAGUUACCUCGGGGGGUUUGUCUUUUCGCGAGCCGAUGCCGAAGCCUUCGCGCUUCUCCGCCGGCCGCCGGCCGAGCCGCUCUCCCACGCUCUGAGGUGGUACAGGCACGUGGCGGCGCUCCUGCGGGACAGCUGCACAAAGGGGAAAAGAGUUCAGCCUCCAUGGACUCCACCCAAAGGAACAGAGCCACCAAAACUGUGCCUGUACAACAGCCUGACGCGCAGGAAGGAGGAGUUUGUUCCCCAGAAUGGGAACAAGGUGCUGUGGUAUUGCUGUGGACCCACUGUCUAUGAUGCUUCCCACAUGGGCCAUGCCAGAUCCUACAUCUCUUUUGACAUCCUCAGACGAAUUUUAAUGAACUAUUUCAAAUACGAUGUGUUCUACUGUAUGAACAUCACAGACAUUGAUGAUAAGAUCAUCAAGAGAGCCAGGCAGAACUACCUGCUUGAACAGUACAUAGCCAAGAAACCAGCUCCUGCCCAGAUACUGGAAGAUGUGGUGACAGCAAUGAAGCCCUUCCAGGUGAAGCUGGCAGAGACCACAGACCCCGAUAAGAAGCAGAUGCUGCAGCGAAUGGACACAGCAGUGAGCGAGGCGCUGGCUCCCCUGCAGGGGGCGGUACAGAGCGGAGCAGCGGUCACUCACAGCCAGGCUGAGGUUUUACUGGAAGAAGCCAAGGAUCUGUUGUCUGAUUGGUUGGAUUCCCAGUUUGGCAGUCAGGUGACGGAUAACUCCAUCUUUUCCCUCCUGCCCAAGUACUGGGAAGGGGAGUACCACAAGGACAUGGAAGCCCUGAAUGUCCUGCCCCCCGACGUGCUGACCAGGGUCAGCGAGUACGUGCCCGAGAUUGUGGAGUUCGUGAAAAAGAUUGUGGACAACGGCUACGGGUACGUCUCGAAUGGCUCUGUGUAUUUCGACACGGUGAAGUUCGACGCCAGUGAAAAGCACUCUUACGCCAAGCUGGUGCCGGAGGCAGUGGGGGACCAGAAGGCUCUGCAGGAGGGAGAGGGAGACCUGAGCAUCUCCGCGGACAGGCUGAGCGAGAAGAGGUCUCAGAACGACUUCGCCCUGUGGAAGGGCUCCAAACCUGGGGAGCCGUCCUGGGAGUCCCCCUGGGGAAAGGGACGGCCCGGUUGGCACAUCGAGUGCUCCGCCAUGGCCGGCUCGAUUCUGGGAGAAUCCAUGGACAUCCACGGGGGAGGGUUUGACCUCCGUUUCCCCCAUCAUGACAAUGAGUUGGCGCAGUCUGAGGCCUUCUUCGAGAAUGACCACUGGGUUCGCUACUUUUUGCAUACUGGCCACCUGACCAUUGCAGGCUGCAAGAUGUCCAAAUCCCUGAAGAACUUCAUCACUAUCAAGGAUGCUCUGGCCAAGCACACAGCUCGACAGCUGCGCCUGGCCUUCCUCAUGCACUCGUGGAAGGACACGCUGGAUUACUCCCCCAACACCAUGGAGUCAGCCAUCCAGUACGAGAGGUUCAUGAAUGAGUUCUUUUUAAACGUCAAGGACAUCUUAAGAGCUCCGACGGACCUCACGGGGCAGUUUGAGAAGUGGGAGUCCCCGGAGAUCGAGCUCAACCAGAGCUUCUGUGACAGGAAGGCCGCGGUACAUGUGGCGCUGUGUGACAACAUCGACACCCGCACUGCCCUGGAGGAGAUGAGGGCCAUGGUCAGCCAGAGUAACACCUACAUCGCCAAUAGGAAGAGUGCCAAGCUGGCACCCAACAGGGUGCUACUGCAGAGCAUUGCCACCUACCUCACAGACAUGCUCAAGACCUUUGGAUCAAUAGAAGGCACAGAACCCAUAGGAUUCCCGGUUGGAGGACAUGGACAAAAUGUGGAUCUGGAGAGCACUGUCCUGCCGUACUUGAAAGUCUUGUCUGAUUUCAGGGAAGGAGUUCGAAAGAUUGCCCGAGAAAAGAAAGUGACAGAGAUCCUGCAGCUGUGUGACGCGGUGAGAGACGACAUUCUCCCUGAGCUGGGUGUGCGACUCGAGGAUCACGAGGGCCUUCCCACAGUAGUAAAGCUGGUGGAUCGGGAGACUCUGCUGAAGGAGAGGGAAGAAAAGAAAAAGGUGGAGGAAGAGAAGAGAAGGAAGAAAGAAGAGGCAGCCCGCAAGAGACAGGAACAGGAAAUGGCCAAGCUGGCCAAGAUGAAGAUCCCACCCAGUGAGAUGUUCAUAUUGGAAGCAGACAAGUACUCCAGGUUUGAUGAGACGGGUUUUCCCACACAUGAUUCAGAGGGCAAGGAGAUCAGCAAGGGACAAACCAAGAAGCUGAGGAAGCUGUAUGAAGCUCAGGAGAAGCUCCACAAGGAGUAUCUGGAGAUGGUUCAGAAUGGGAGCAACAGCUGAGAGAUGGAUGGCUGACCACCAGCCUGUAACCGAGCACUGAUCACUCUGUCCAGACCUGACGGGCAACAUGAUGCCCCAUUAACCUGGCCAGGGAUUUAUCAUGGGAUUUAUCGGGAGCAUUCCUCACCUUUUCUUUCUUCUGUAAAGUUUGUGAUCAGAGAACUGUGAAGUAAAUAUGCAAAAGACGA